CUGAGAUAGCAGCUCAACCUGGAAGAGAACGGAAGGUGGAACUGAGGCCUAGAGCAGAAGAAAGAACAGCUUCCAGUGUUUCUUAGACAGUUCUCUGAAGGACUUUUGUCUUUAUUGUCAGCUAAUACAGAAUCUGUACAAGGCAAAAAUGAAGAGCAGCACAAUUAUUGCCUUCUCUGUCAUCCUAUUCCUGGCCUUUUUUGCCAGCAGUGAAGGGAUGGGGGACUUGGGAGUGGAGCUGCACUGUCGCUGCAUCAAGACGGAGAGCAGACCCAUCGGCCGGCACAUCGAGAAGGUCGAGCUGAUUCCCGCCAACUCCCACUGCGACGAGCUGGAGAUCAUUGCCACGAUGAAAAAGACAGGUGAUGAGGUUUGCCUGAACCCUGAAGCUCUCUGGGUGCAAAAAGUGAUUGAGAAGAUCGUUUCCAGCAAAAGACGUUCAAACAGAAAUCAACAAUAAGUCAGAAGACAACAAGAAGUCUUCGACACUGAUCAAAUUACAAAAGACUGAUCCAACGACGAGGUCAUUCCACUUCCACCUCCCUGCUGGAAACGAC